UUAGUGAGGAUGUCGGGCACAGCGCACCGGGAUUACCGACGCGAUGGCCAUCGCGAUAGGCAUCCGGAGUUUGGUUCAGGUUAUAGUUAUGGCGGGAACAGGGACUACGGAGGAAGGAGGAGAAAGUCAGGUUGAGGAUGGAGAAAGAGAAACGCGUACGAGAGAAGAAAGAACGGGUUUUGAGGGUGGAAGAGGAGAAGUUAGCAAAGAAAAGACGACUGAAGAAGAAGGAGGAGAAGAAAGGUUGGAAGCAGAAGAUCGGGAAGCGAUGCGUAAGGACUUGCGGAUGGAAAUUCGCAUGCACAUGGGAAAUGUGUGUGAGGAACUGCAUCAACGUUUGGCGUCGGCAAUACCUACCAAGAAGAAAGAUAAAGGGAAGCUGCCAGUGCAUGUGUCGUCUGAAGAGAAAAGCGAUGAGCCAGAAGGAAGCGAUGUGGAAGCAGUGUGCGAGCAGACGGAGGAGUUAGCCGUCAAAGAGAAGCGGAAGAGAAGUGUGGAGCGGCCAGUCGGAGAUAGCCCGCCAAUAAAAACUCAUGCCAAGCGGGCAUCAGCGCGAGAUGUUUUGGAUCCGAAACGCUUGUUACUAAGCUGUAGACGACAACUGUUAAAGCGGUCACCUAGGAAGCAGACACCGAAGUCGCUAAGAAGCGCGCGAAAAGGCAAGAAGGUGCCGGCAUCGCCAGGCACGAUGGGGAGAUUGAUGUUUGUUACGGAUAACCUACGUGAGUUAGGCGACCGUAACAUUGAAGAUUUGAAGCAGAUUUGUCGUUCGGAGGACGUGCCCUACGAAGGCAAACCCGUUUGCAGGCGUUCAAAGAUGAAGAGUCGACGAGGGAAGAGGGAACGGGCUAAGUGCGAUGCGGAGGCAAGACGAGUGCCUCCAAAGGAAUCUAAUAGGCUGCAGACUGUUUUGCCUGUUAAGACGAAGGUACUUGAUGAGGAUGACUGGAGCGUGGAUUUCUACAGACUGAUAUUGAAACAGGAUGGAGCCGCGGCACAACGUUUUAACUUUACAGUCGAGAGCGGUAAUGCAUGGUGUGGUGGAUGGAAAUCUGUCACACGUGCCUUUGAGAGCUCUAUAGUUCGUUGGGGAAGACAACGGAAACGCUUGAGUAUGUGCAAAUUGGAUUUCGAAAGGGGAGGGAUCUUCGAGAUGGUGAUGUUGGUCAAAUGGGUGUCGAAGGCAAGCCCUGACAAACGAUUCCUGAUUUCACUUUUUCGAAAUCCAUGUCGUUUAGAAGUGUUGAAGGCGUGUAGUCCGGAAGUUUUACUACGACUGAGCAAGGCUGCGGGGGAUUUUCACAAAGCAUUUUCAGCAGCCUACCUGCGACGUUUCGUCGUUCGAGCAAUCAAGGAAGUUUAUGGAUGGAAGUUAAUCAUACGGUUGAAGUACGAUGACCGGAUCCGACUGGUGGAGGUUCGUAAGUUGGUCAAUGAUAAGAUUGAGGCGUUGACCAUUUUGUCUUGUCUGAAAGAUGCUGCACGGGGCAUGAUCCAGAUUGUUUGGGUAAAAAACCCAUCGAUCGUGGAAAUGAUACACAAUCAGCGACGUUUUGCGAGAGCUGAGGUAUCAACCUGCGUUUGCGCAGGGUUGCCCUACCCACGGGUAGGUGGCCACGUGCAGUUUCGUCUGCAGGAAUUGGAGUGGAUCAAUCCUAGGAUUUGUCAUGCUUUGAAUGUUCCUAAGCUGUGUGUUUCAAGUAGGACGAAACCACUAGGAAGGGAAAUAGCAGCGGGGUUCGUGGAUUGGCGUAACUGGACUGGACCGGACGUGUCGUGUCGGGAUUCGGAGCUGUCCAAUUGUAUGAGUGGUAGUACGGGGGAAAGGGAGAAAUUUCUGAACCCGUUGGAAGUGGAGAAGGUUAAGUCUGUACUGGGUGGUUUGGUACUGACCCCGGUUGAUCGUAAUCCAGGGAAGACUUUAGUCAUGUGUCCAGCUUCGUAUUACGAAGCCAUGAUGGGGAUGUUUGUUACAACAGCAGGAUACACUAUCGUGAAGGAAUCAGAGGCUGAAGUGCACCAGAUCAUGCGAUCUCGUGGGAAGGAGUUGGAUUUACAGAAGUUUGUUCGUUGGGAUGGGAAAGAGACAGGGCCGCAGAGGAUCGGAUGGAUUGUGUAGAUCAAGGUUUGAGUACGGAUUUUAGGCGCAUGAGUAUCGCUGCCAGUCUGAUUGGGUUGUAGGGACAGGGCUGUAGCGUUUCCAUGUGGGACUGUUUUGUGUAUAUGAUGUUUCGAAGCCUGGGUAUCGCUGUAGGUCCAUACGGACUGUUUUGUGUCCGUAUGCUGUUUGGGCCUUCGGUGUGGCUUUUCACCUCCCGACGGGGUAUGGUAAUAAUGACCCUCACAGGAUGGGAUUGUCGGAACCCAGUUUUACCCAGUGUAGUUUGGACCUUCGAUAAUAUUUUGUCAGACUUUUGGUAUAGGACCUGUUUUUUUCAGAUGGGUACGUGCAAGUUGUAAGUAGGAGGAAGUGGACUUUUUUUGGUGGUCUAUUUUCGGGUACCGUGCAGUAGAUAAAUAGUAAUUGUGAAU